AUGGCGACAAACUUCACAGACGACAUCGGCCCCAUGGCCUACCCAUUAAAAAUGGUAUCACAGGAGGUAGUGGAACACAUGCUGGGAUGGAACAUUCCCGAGGAACAUCAGGACCUGGUUCACGAACACUGGCGGAACUUCCCAGCUGUCAGCAAAUACUGGCACUACGGCCUCGCCUUCAUCUACACCCUGUUGAUGCUCGCCUCUAUGACCGGCAAUGGAAUCGUUAUCUGGAUAUUUAGCACGUCGAAAUCUCUACGCAGUCCGAGUAACAUGUUCGUCAUCAAUCUGGCGAUCUUCGACUUCAUGAUGAUGUUCGAGAUGCCGUUGCUCGUUUUGAACUCCUUCCACCAGAGACUGCUGGGCUACCAGCUCGGAUGUGAUAUAUACGCUGUUCUCGGCUCACUAUCUGGAAUCGGCGGCGCUAUCACCAACGCCGUAAUAGCUUUUGACAGAUACAAGACAAUUUCGAGUCCUCUAGACGGUCGGUUGAACCGUACGCAAGCCGCGCUGCUGAUUCUGUUCACAUGGGUGUGGGCGACUCCCUUCUCCUUCCUACCAGCUUUCAGGGUCUGGGGGAAAUAUGUACCAGAGGGUUUCCUAACCACCUGCUCCUUUGACUUCUUGACCGAAGACGAGGACACGCGCGUCUUCGUGAUGUGCAUCUUCGUAUGGAGCUACGUCAUCCCCAUGUGCUGUAUUUGCUACUUCUAUUCUAAGCUGUUUAGUGCUGUUCGUCUCCACGAACGCAUGCUCAAAGAGCAAGCUAAGAAGAUGAAUGUAAAAUCAUUGGCAGCUAAUAAAGAUGAUGCCGGCAAAAGCGUUGAGAUUCGAAUUGCGAAGGUCGCCUUCACGAUAUUUUUCCUGUUCAUCUGCGCGUGGACGCCAUACGCCUUCGUUGCCAUGACAGGAGCAUUCGGUGACAGAAGCAUUCUCACUCCCGUUGCGACGAUGAUACCAGCCGUAUGUGCGAAAGUAGUCUCCUGUCUAGAUCCAUGGGUGUACGCCAUCAACCACCCUAGAUAUAGGGCUGAACUCCAGAAACGUGUGCCCUGGAUGGGAGUCCGUGAAGCCGAUCCUGACAACACCUCCAACGUCAGCGGAGCCACAGCUCAAACACAGAACCCAGCCGAAGCGUGA